UCCGGCGGCCCACUUGCCAUCAAAAUUCACUUCAUCACAAAAUUAAACUCAAACUAUAAAGCAUUAUCCUCAUCUCAAACGCCAUCAAUAACAUACCAUUCACCCUUAAUUGCCAUGACCUUCAACAUUAUAAUUUUGUCACUCUUCUUCUUCAUCGGCUUCCUCCUCAAUUCUUCUUCUGCUCAAGUCAUAGGUCGUAAUGAUCUUUACCCUCAGUGCUCCACCGGCAGUAAUUUCACUGCCAAUAGUUCCUUCGACUCUAACCUCCAAACUCUAUUUUCUUCCUUAACUUCCAACGAAACCGCCAACCUCGACUUCUACAACACAACCGUUGGCCGCGGCGGCGAGACUGUAUACGGCCUCUUCAUGUGCGUGGGUCACGUCAACCAGGACAUAUGCCGCCAGUGCGUAGCUAACUCAAUCCUACAGGCUGGAUUCAUGAAUGUAAUGACGAUUGCUCUGAACCAGAUGGCGGAUGAGGCUUCCAAGUCUGCUGUGAUGAAGCAGAAGUGUAGGACGAAUAAGGUGGCGGUAGAGUUUCAAACUAUGUACGUUCUGGUUCAGUGCACGCCGGACCUUUCGUCGGCGGAUUGCAGAAGGUGUCUGAGCGGAGUGAUUGGGGACUUUAGAUGGUAUUUUUAUGGGAAGAUCGGAGGAAGAAUCCUAUAUCCAAGUUGCUUCGCUCGUUAUGAGUUAUAUCCGUUCUCUAAUUCUUUUACGCCUCUUCUGCCAGUAACGCUGCCGCCUGCUUCGGCUCUACUUUCUCCUCCAAAUCCUGUUGGAAAUGAAAGCAACAACUUAGAACCUCUGCAAUUUAGUUUGGUCACUAUUGAAGCUUCAACAAAUAAUUUUUCAGAUGAGAAGUGUUUAUUAGGACGAGGUGGAUUUGGAAGAGUUUACAAGGGCAUUCUUUCAAAGGGCCAAGAAAUAGCUGUCAAGAGACUUUCAAAAUGUUCAGGUCAAGGCGCUGAAGAAUUCAAGAACGAGAUUUUAUUAAUUGCCAAACUCCAGCACAGAAAUUUGGUAGCUUUGCUUGGAUAUUGCAUAGAAGAAAAAGAGAAAAUUCUUAUCUAUGAAUAUGUUCCGAACAGAAGCCUUGAUUACUUUCUAUUUGGUUCCAUAGAAGGAAAAGUAUUAAGUUGGAUGGAGCGUUGUAAAAUUAUUGGAGGAGUAGCUCGAGGAAUUCUUUAUCUCCAUCAGUAUUCCCGUCUUAAAAUUAUACAUCGUGAUUUAAAGCCAAGCAAUAUUUUAUUAGAUGAUGAAAUGAAUCCAAAAAUUUCUGAUUUUGGAUUAGCUAAAAUGGUUGCCAUCAACUCACAAGAAGGAAGUACAAAUAGAAUUGUUGGAACGUAUGGUUAUAUGUCUCCAGAAUAUGCGAUGUAUGGACAAUAUUCUGAAAAAUCAGAUGUUUUUAGUUUUGGAGUUAUAAUUUUAGAAAUCAUUAGUGGAAAGAAGAACACAAGUCGUCAAAAUGAAUCACAAUAUGUUGAUGGCCUAUUGAGCUAUGCUUGGAAGCAAUGGAAAGAGGAAAAGUUGCUGGAGAUAUUAGAUUUAAAUAUAAAAGAAUUUGCGUCAUAUAAUGAAGUGAUCAGAUGCAUCCAUAUUGGUUUGUUAUGUGUUCAAGAAAAUCCAGAUUCAAGACCCACAAUGGCAACGGUUGUUUCAUAUCUGAGUAAUGAUUCCAUUCAACUGCCAUUGCCACGGGAACCUGCAUUCUUUCUGCACGAUGGAAUGGAGCCGAGUACCAGUGGAAGUAAGGAAUCAGCCUCGACUGUUGAAGUGUCUAUGAGUGAAUUCUUUCCUCGUUAG